AGGUAUGUUUUCUUUAAAUUGUCUGUGAAAUAAAUACAAAAUACAGCCACAUAAAGUUGUAGACCCUCCUCAGAGCUUAAAAAGAGUCGACACGCCUCCCCUUUUUUGCACAACCCCUCCCCCCUCAUAAAUAACAAACGGUCCCUAAGCUCAGGCAGCGUUUGCUUUUCAGGAGGCGAAACAUAAUGUGAAUGUUUACAUUGGACGGUUUGAUUUGUGACUUCAGUUUAUUUUAAUGUUUCUGUUUGGAAACAGACGCUUAAAAACCUGAACUAUAUUUUUUAUAUUUUCACAGAAAUAAAACUUUUGUAACUUUAUAUUAAGGCUCAGCUUUUGUGGAUGCUUCACCUUUUUACGGCUCGGAGCUGUAUUAAUGGGUAAUUAUGCUCAUUUUUAAAAUACAUACAUGUUUUCUCUAUAUCCAAAAACUCGAGUGCUUGUGAUGUCAUAGGGGAUACAAUGAAGGGAAUAUAAAAGUCAGCAACAAUAUUUGCAAUAUUUUACAAUAAUUCCCUUUAAGAGUUAUUAGAAGCACUGAAUCUGUUUUACAAUGUGUGUGUUUUUAAUCUACAUUCAUAAGAAUGAAUUUUCUCUGAUGAGCAACAGAAAAAAGGUCCACACUUAAAGCGACGCUGGUCCACCACACUCCAGCAUGAGUCAGUAAACACACACACACACACACACACGCACACACACACACACACACACACACACACACACAUAUCUCAGUCCAGCCUCUCUUUAACAAUAAUGACCCAGCAUCAACCAAUCACGGCCGGCAGUCUGCUCUGAGGCCCCGCCCACAUGGUUUAUAUAAAGACCUGAACCACGAGACCUGAAGUUGAAUCUGAACAGAGACCUGAAGCUGAAUCUGAACAGAGAUCUGAAUCUGAACCAGAAGACCUGAAGCUGUCAGUACCUGUAGUCCGGAUCGCGUUGGGCCGUGAUGGUGGUGGAGCUUAAACCUCGGGUGGAGGCGAUGGAGGGAAACCAGCAGAGACUGGAGGCAAACAUCCUGCUGCUGGGAGCUCACAGCGUCGGGAAGUCUGCUCUCACCGUCAGAUUUCUGACCAGGAGGUUUAUUGGAGAGUACGGAGACAUCGAGUCGGUUUACAGUCGGAUCGAGCGGCUCGAUGGUCAGGAGGUCUGCUUCAACAUCUGGGACUCUGUACAAACACAG